AUGGAUGAAGAUCCUGCUGCAUGCACAACCGUAGUAGGAUCAAGUGGAGCUGCAGCAGCAGAAAAAGAAGAAGAUGCGCAAAAGCAUCAGCAGCCUGCAGCAGGAGCAGCAGCAGCUUCUUCUGUGUCUCUGAACGCGAAACCUGAACCCGAUGCUGCAGAUGCAGCACAAAGCAGCACGUCAGCGUCUUCGUCUCCACCGCAUUCCGCUCCCGAUGCUGCCGCAGUAGAAACAACGGAUUCAGCUGCAGCUGCAAAGCAAAGGGGCCCAAGCGAGCUUGGGAAUCCUCUGCUAGAAGCAGAAGACGCAGCGAGCUGUAGUGCUGCAGCAGCUCGUGCUGGUUCAGAUGAAAAAGCUGUUCAUAUAGAUCCUUCUACAAAUAAAAAACGCAGAGGCCUCAACACUGCAGCCAUGCGACAUAAGAAUUUAGAACAGGUUUCCAGCGAGUGUGCAGGGAGUAACCUCUGUCUUUCACAGGCAGCCUGCGGUGCAUGCGAUAAUCCCAGCUGCAACAAAGACCAUGACACUGCAGCAUUCAUGAAGACAAGGCCUGAAGACCUAGAAGGAGAAUGCAUCUUCUUCUCUCGCUACGGUAUAUGCCCCUUCGGCUGCUGCUGCCGCUUCGGCCGUUCUCACCUUAAUGCAGAAGCAGCAGCAGCACAACCAGUUGAUGCUGCAGCAGCUGCAUCAGCUGCAGCAGCUGCAGCAGCAGGACCAGCUGCUGCUGAUAUUGCAUUUGCAGCAAAGGGAGUGGGAGCAGUGGGUAUUUCAUCAGUUGAUGACUUGGAUGAUGAAGAACAAAGGGAGUGGGAGCAGUGGGUAUUUCAUCAGUUGAUGACUUGGAUGAUGAAGAAGUGA